CUAGGUGGAGAAAGAAAAAAAGAUGGAGUGGUUCAAACUGCGCACCUAUGCCCGACAGAGACAGAAGAAUGUGCACUGCUCCUCCCCCGUACCAGGGGUGGCUGUAUCCGUUCCCCAAGGCAGCAGAAAAGGCAGUACCCUCCAGCCCUGCCGACGCCUCUUCCAGUCCCAUGCCCAAAGUGCAAAGGGAAAUCCCAAUGUGAAAGCCUUACCAAAAAUCAACGAAAAAUCUGAAGUGACCAAAACAAACAGUUCAUCUGAUCAGAGUGAUCAAUUAAAUGAUGAGAAAAUUACAGGUAUGGAAGAAAAUGAAGAUAUCGGGGAAAAAAGCACUAUGCUGUUGAGGGAAUCUCUGCAUAUCAGCUCUGAAAGUAAAGAAAGUUUGAGAAACAGUGAGACUACUUCAGGAAUGACUCUGCCUACAGGUGUCUCUACCUUUCUACUGCACUGUUUGGACAUGGAUUCCAGUACAGAGUCUACUGAUAGCAUGAACAGUUGCCCAUCACCUGAAAUAUUCAGGGAUGAAGACAGUUUAGACAGAAAUAAUUCCAAUCCUGAGGAGUAUCUCAAAUAUAAGAAUUCUACUCUCCUGGACACCAGCAAAGCAGUGACCAUAGAUAAGAUGCCACAGCUUUCAAAUCUUUCAGAGAUAUUGGAGCCCAUAUCAGAGGGUCAUCAAGACCAAAACAUUGGGAGAGAGUCACCAUCAAAAUGCAUUAAAGAUUCUUCUGACUUGAUGAGUGUUUCAACAGUUGUAGCAGGAAAACAAGUGUGUAGAUUUGUGUCUACUAUGGAAAAAACUCCGGAUAUAAAAAUCAGUACAUUCUCUUCAUUACCUGCAAGACCAAAGAGACAGCUUGAUAACCAAACUGCUAAUCCUAAAAACAUGAAGGGCCGAAAAAAAGUAAAAUUCAGCAGCCUGUUAAAGAGUGACACAUCUUCAUGCCAUCAGCAUGUAUCUCCUGCAGAAUGUAUUUCAACUAAAUCAUAUGAGUUGACAGCAGAAGUGCUGCCAUCCAAACAACGAGACAUUGAGAUGGAAAUGAAUUCUAAAGUAUUGAUCACAGAAAAAAAUAGACAAUUGCUAACAAGCACAGCAUACUUUCAGCCAGAAGAAUUAGAGGUGAGAUGAAUAUACAAAACACUGUUUAACUUGUCACCAGUGCACAAGGCCUCUUUUGGUGAAGACUUAUUCCUAAAUUCAACGGGUCCAUAUGUAAACUCAGAAGAAAUUGCUCCUGCAUCUUUGAGUUCAGAAGAAAAAACUAUUUAUCAGUCUCUGCAUAACAAAGAAACACAAAACAAGAAAUCAGAUACAAAAAACAAAGAAAUCUGCUCGAUUAUUAAAACUUCACCAGGGCUUAGGGUCUCCAUGGUUCACCGAACUCCAGUAAACAGAAACACAUUGCAUCCCCCUGAAGGAAUACCUGAAGAGAUUACAUGUGUCCUCAUGGAUACUUUACACCCCAAAACGGACAGGAAGGAGGCAUUAAAAUUAGACUUACACAACUUAUCAAGAGGAGUCGUGGCAAGAGUUAAGAAUAAUGUUCAUGAAAGUGAGAAACUUAGUGUUGAUGUGAUCCAAGUAGACAGCUUGCACAUGUACCUCAGUCCUGUUCUACGGCAUCUGAUAUGA